AUGGGGGAUUUAAAGCAAGACUUGUCGCACGAUACGCCGUGUCAUCCGCGAGCUUGUGCCAUACAAAAUUGUCUGAACAAGAAUUCCUGGCAGGAGGAAAAAUGUCAGGCCCAGAUCGACGCCCUCUACGAAUGUUGCAACGCUUUUUACCAGGAGCGAGGCGACCAGGCUUCAGUAGUGAGCUGCCCUAAAGCGAACCUACUACGGUUGAAGAUGAGACAACGGGCACAAGCAGCAGAUAAGGAGCAGAAAUAG